AUGAUUAAAAGUUUAAUUACAAGAAACAGUACGAGGAUACGCGGUGCCAAUACAAAUUUAACCUUGGUAAGAUUUGCUGGUCAUUCCAAAUGGCAGAACAUUAGACACGACAAGGCCAAAAAUGAUGCUAGAAAAUCAAAGGAAGCAACAUUGAUCUCGGGAAGAAUUGAGAGUUGUGUACGUGUGGGAGGCAAAGAAAGUAAUGCUAGAUUAGAACAGUUGUUAGAGAAAGCAAAAGCAUUAAAUGUUCUGAAGGCGGUUGUCGAGAAGGCAAUUAAAAGAGGAUGUGGUGAACUAACAGAUACUGCACAACUUCAAAAUGUUCAAUAUGAAUUUAUGGGACCAGGUGGUGUUGCUAUUAUUGUUAAUGCCCUUACUGAUAAUAAGGCAAGAACAGUCCUGAUGGUCAAGAAUGCAAUGACUUAUUUCCAAGCUACAUUGAGUCCAUGUCUGUACAUGUUUGAUAAAAUGGGAGAGGUCAUCUUUUUGCCGAAGGAUAACGAUGAAAGCUUUGAUGAUGUAUUUGAAGUCGCAUUAGAAAUCGGUGCUGAGGAUGUUGAAGAGUUUGAAUUUGACGACGAGUUUGUCCCAGGAAAAGUACAUAAAUUUUACAGACUAUUGUGUGAUCCCACCUCCAUUAAUCAAGUUUCAAACGACUUGAGCGCCAAAGGGUAUAAAUUGCAUGAAUCAACUGUUAGAUUCUUGGCCAAUUCCGAUUCUCAAGUGCCGUUCCCUGAAGAACUGUCGAAAGGGUAUUUAAGGGCACUUGACAAUUUGGAUCAGAUAAACGAUGUCACUGAUUACUACACAAAUAUUGAAGAGGAACAUAAAGAGCGUAUAGUCUCAUCCAUUAACUGA